CAGCCGCCAGUCCAGCGGUGUCCGCGGGCGGCGCGGGAGGGGUGACGAGCUUCGUCGCCGGCCCGGCCGUCCCGUCCCGUCACGCCGCCCGCACCGGCAUCGUCACGGGUCCUCGCCGCCCUCGCUGGGAUGGGAUGAUCCUUGCCGAUAGUGCCUGCCUCCGAGUCGUCGCGCCCGGGAAGACAGGCGAUGUCUUGCCGCUCCAGACGACACAGAUACACUGUCGCCUCGGCUGUCCAAGGAAGGGGAAGCACGGUGCCAUCCGGGAGGCUGCCGUUGAGGCCCACUCCAGGGCCGGGACUUCAUGUCCCGCUACAUCAACGAGUGCAACGCAAUACUCAGGAACUUGUCGCAGGAAGUGAGGUCCAGGUGCCCCACCGAUGACCAGUACUGCUGCUACUUGCACUGCUGUUUCCUUAACCGGCAACACAAGGAAAUCUGGGAGACGUGGUACUUCUGGUUCGGCGUGGGCCUCAUCGGACUGCUCAUGUUCACGUCGGCCACCUCCUUCCUCGUCGGCAUGUGCACCAAGAAGCGCCACCAGCUGAUCCGCGUCCAUCACGCGGCCAACCUGGCGGCCGCGGAGGGCGGUGCGGCCCGUGCGGCCGCGGGGGGCUGCUCCCCGGAGGACACGCUGCCGGCCACCGCGGCCACCGUCACGGCCGUCACGGGGCCCGACGGCCUGAUCCAGCCCUUCGUGGAGGGCGGGCUGCCCGCCGAGGUGGCGGCGCGCUACAAGACGCAGGGGCCGCAGGGCACCGCCACCGUCAUCUUCCGCGGGUACGUGAGUCUCGGCCGCACAGUCAGCCUGCGGUCGGGCGCGUAG